UGUAUAGUCUGUUGCCGAACGGGGCUUGCGUCAGCUUCCCAUUUCAGUAGCACAAGGAGCACAGGGGACUGACUCUCGGCUUUCAGAAGACAUUUCAAAGGCCAAUUGCCUAGCUCUACAUGGUAAGGUUGAGAUGAAGCGGUCUUUGAGGAGAACGUAGAGUCUUAUCUUGGAUUCCAGACGGCUGAGCUGCAACAACGAUUUUAUCAGCAGGUAGAGUACUCACGGUGUGAACACCGUCUGCUGCUGUAGCCGAGUCCGAGCCAGAUUUUCCCCGCCUUCAAAGCGCCAUGGAGGAGGAGAAUGGAGAAUCUGAAUCCACCUAUGGAGCCACGACGGUCUCGUACGGACAUAUGCCGGAGGUGGAGGCGUCGUCCCUCGGCUCUACCUUCGACAUCCCCGAGCUGCAUUUCCGAGUUCCCCGGGACAAGUACCACCUGGUCUACUUGGCGCUGCUGCUGGCCGGGGUUGGGUUUCUGCUGCCCUAUAACUCCUUCAUCACCGAUGUGGACUACCUCCAUGCCAGAUACCCCGGGACCAGCAUAGUCUUCGAUAUGAGCCUUACCUACAUAUUAGUGGCGUUUGGAGCUGUUUUGAUAAACAACAGUCUGAUAGAGACGUUCGGUAUCCACACCCGCAUCACGCUGGGGUACGGCCUCGCCUUCUCCAGUCUGGUCUUCAUCGCCAUCUUGGACAUCUGGUUAGAGGUGUUCGACAAGGACACGUCUUACGUCAUGAACCUCCUGGCUGUGUCGGUGGUUGCUUUUGGUUGUACCGUACAACAGUCCAGCUUCUAUGGAUACACCAGUAUGCUGCCCCCACGGUACACACAGGCCGCCAUGACGGGAGAAAGUGCAGCUGGCUUACUGGUGUCCAUAAACAGAAUCGUGACCAAGGCUCUUGUUCAGGACAAGCGGGCCAACACUGUCAUCUUCUUCUGCCUCUCCAUCUUCUUCGUGGCCGCCUGCUUCAUCUCUCACCAGCUGGUCAAGAGGUCAAAGUUCGUGCGACACCACCUGGCGGCCUGCGUCAGCGCCAGAAGCCCAGACGGAGUAGACGGCGCCUUUGGGGAAGUAAGAUUAGAAAUCCUGGACUCAGAACCGAAGGAAGCCUUAACGGAAUCUCCGGGCACGGCCAGUGACGAUGGCCAGGCGGAAGUGGAGGGGUCCCGACAGAAGUCCCUGCGGGUCCGGUUGAAGCAGGCCAGGAGUAUCAAACGAGGACUGCUAGUUAGGUGGCAGGUUGCCAAACAGAUCUGGACGUACAUGCUGGCCAUCGGAAGUGCGUACUUCAUCACCCUCUGCCUGUUUCCGGGAAUAGAGUCAGAGGUCACGAACUGCACCCUGGGAGACUGGAUGCCCAUCGUACUCAUGGCCAUUUUCAACCUGUUCGACUUCAUCGGCAAGAUAACUGCAGCAGCUCCUGUAGAAUGGGAAGGAGGCUGGCUGGCCCUCGCCAGUUCCAUCCGGGUCCUGCUGGUCCCCCUGAUGAUGAUGUGCGCCGCCCCGCGGGAUUCGCCCAUCCUGCAGGGACCCGGUUGGUCCAUGUUCAUCUCCAUGCUGCUGGGGCUGACCAAUGGCUACUUCGGAAGCGUCCCAAUGAUUCUAGCUCCUCGAGAGGUGGAAGACGAGCAGAAAGAGAUCACAGGUAACAUCAUGAUGCUGUCGUACAGUCUGGGCUUGACCGCCGGGUCCGGACUGGCCUAUGGUCUGAAGGCCAUCCUGGGGCCUGAGCUGACGUACGAUCCUUGUACUGCUGCAAACACAACCUUCCACAACUCCACCAUACUACUCUAGUUUUCUCGGUUGAUGUUGUUUGUAUGAUCUACAGUCAAACUCGUACUCUUCACAAGACUAUCUGGACAUGGUGACCACAGUUUUGUGGUCCCCUACUUAGAUAUUUUGACUCAAGCAUCAAAUCCUGUCUAUAGUGUCUUCUUGGGUAAUUUUGACUGUAUUUAUGUACGUAUGUAAUAUACCUUAUAUAUCUAAUAUGCCUUAAGAGCCAUGCUGGCUCAGAAGAGGAUUAAGUAAAUAAUUAUGUAUGUAUGUAUGUAAUAUUAUGUUCAUUACAACAACAACUAUAUUCAUAAGACAUCAUCAUCCCUUCCAAGGCUUCGUACGUUAAAAUUGACAUUAUAUUUUAUUAAUUGGCAAAGUCAAGUUGUUUGCGCGUAUCUUUUCAGGUGCAUGUAUAAGUUUUCUCUAACAUAUGUACCUCGUUGUAAUGUCAGUGGAUGGACGUCAGACCUAAACAAUGGUCUUUGUAGACAUCCUUAUAUUCAGUGUCAGGUAAAAUAGUGUCAACGUUUCUGUGUAACUGUUAACGAUUUCAAUUCUACAUGAUCUUUGUAGAUAAACACUUCGUCAUUAAGUAUACUGAUAAUAAUAGACUUUGUAAAAGCAUUCUCUUUGGAACAGUGCGUUUUGAUAUUGUUGCGGUAUCCUAGUGUUGAAAUAAAGACUUGUCUAUAUU